AUGUUUCCGCCCGAACUGGGAUUUGACGGAUCAUGGGCAGGUGCGACAUGCAAAGUGUUUGAAGGGGAAGAGACAGAACACCCCUUGUUUUUCCAUCUUAGAAGGUCAGUUCCAUCAAAGUAUUUGUAUUUGUUUUACGGUGCAUUGUUCAAAAGCAACAUCGAAGAUGGAUCCUACAAACUUGUAUCCGACUAUGUGAACAGCGAUAGACGAGGUGUCGAUUUUGAACUUAUCUCUGGAUUGAAAGGUACUGCUCUUAUCAAUAUAGUCAUAAACCAUGAAGCAAUCGAAUCGGGAACAGUUGAUGAAAAAUCUACGGAAAUCAAGACCAAAAUCACCUACGAUGAUGCCUCUAGCUGGAGUUAUAUAACUCCACCUCCGUUCGACCUUGAGAGGAAUGAAUUCAUUUGCAAAGGGGAGGAGAAAUUGUUAGAGGACUGUUCUUUGAAUUUCAAGGGACCUACUGAGAGGCGCUCUAUUGAAAUCAAGUCCUCUUGUGAUUCAGGUAAAGGACUUCUUUUCGGUGUGGGGAACGUUGGAAAGUACUCAGAUCGAGAUCCUAGUAAUCUUGCGUUAUAUUUCUCAAAUGACGGUGGUGUUUCUUGGAGGGUGGUUGCAAAAGUUUUUACGGACAAAAAGAUAAAAGUGUAUGACCUUGUCUACUCGUCGUCUGGAGCAUCUCGGAAGUUCAUUGUCCUUGAAAAUGAAUAUUCAGUACCUGAUAGAGAAAGAAAUAUUCGCAAUCUCUACACGAUAGGUUUCAGUUAUGGCGAUGACGAUUCUGAAUUCUGGAAUUCAAAGACCGUCUUUGGUGGUGUACAAUAUAACGACAAACAUGGCACGUUAUUCACGUUGUUAAGUGUAUCCAUCCUGGGAGGGGCUUGGUUUGUCUAUAAUAGGGGAAUCAAAAGAAAUGGUGGAUUUUCCAGACUCAACAAUUUUGCAGGACAAAAUGUCGAGAGUUCUUCAAGACCAAUUGAAGAGAACAAUACCGAUAAAGUGGUCAACUGUAUUAUUAGAGUAUUCUUUAGCACUUAUCAACUGUUUCAAAGAUCUGUAUCCACUGUAUUUAAAGAGCUGCUUCCGAAUAGAAGGUCAUCGUCCCAGGACGACGUCGACCAGCCCUUUUUGGGGAACCAAAUGGAUUCCGAGAGACUAGUUACGUUCUGA